AUGCGCGGCCUGCUGGCUUUCUCCGCAAAAGCCUGGCAUGGGCCCGGCAACGGAGCUCUCUUCUCACAAAUACAGUCGCGCAUCUCGACAAUCAAGCCGACAUUAUCGAGAUCAAUCGCUACAAAGCAAACACCCAAUGUCUCGACCACAAGGGGCACGCCGAAUCUGACCUGCCAUCUCGCACCCUCCCUUUCUCGAUUCGCAACUGCGGGGACUAUCCGCCACAAUGGCUUACAACACCCCAUCCGACUAUUCAAUGCGUCCCGACAUGUAUCCGAAGCAUCCGUAAACGACAAAAUCACCAAACAACGUAAAUCCUACAAGGAUGAAAUCAAAGAAAAAGGCAUUGUGGAUCUUGAGGAACACGACGGCGAAGCAGAGGCGGAGCAGGGCUUUGCAAAGUCCGAAAAGGCAGCCCAAGCCAAGCAGGUUAAUCUUAGUGCGAAGCUCAGCAAGGAUGGCUCUGGAUCUGGAGGUACACCUGGUGGCAUGAAGGAAAUCUGGCGGCUCAUUAGCAUUGCACGGCCUGAAUUGGGUUCCCUCUCCUGGGCAUUCAUAUUCUUACUCGUCGGAUCUGGCAUCUCAUUAUCGGUACCUUUCUCUAUUGGCAAAAUCUUGGACGCUGCAACUUCGACGGAAAAUACCGAUGGCUUACUCUUUGGCAUGACUCCCUCGCUAUUCUACUUUGCACUUGCUGGCGUCUUGACCACCGGUGCUGCAUUCAACUUUGGUCGUAUCAUCAUUCUGCGAAUUGUCGGAGAGCGCAUUGUCGCCCGCCUGCGAUCACAGCUCUACCGUAAGACGUUUAUCCAGAAUGCUGAGUUCUUCGAUGCAAACAGAGUUGGAGAUCUCAUCUCUCGCCUUGGCUCAGACACUAUCAUUGUUGGAAAGAGUAUUACACAGAACUUGUCCGAUGGCCUGCGUGCGCUCGUCAGCGGUGCAGCUGGUUUCGCCAUGAUGGGUUUUGUCAGUCUCAAGCUUACCGGUAUUCUUGCUUUGAUUGCUCCUCCAGUGGCCCUCGUUGCAUUCUUCAGUGGUAGAUCUCUCCGGAACCUCAGUCGCAAAAUUCAGAAGAAUCUAGGUACUCUAACCAAGAUUGCCGAGGAAAGGUUAGGCAACGUCAGGACUAGUCAAGCGUUUGCUGGUGAAGUCCAAGAAGCAUCCCGUUACAACCGUCAAAUCAAGAGGAUAUUCGCUCUGGGAAAGAAGGAGGCCGUGGUUGCUGCGAGCUUUUAUGGAAGUACCGGUCUCAUGGGCAACUUGACCAUCAUCACUAUCCUCUACGCUGGUAGCAACAUGGUCAAGAACGGUGUCAUCUCAAUUGGUGAACUCUCAUCAUUCCUGAUGUACACUGUGUACGCUGGUUCCAGUAUGGUUGGCUUGUCUGGUUUCUACGGCGAAAUGAUGAAGGGUGUCGGCGCUGCCAGUCGUCUGUUCGAGCUUCAAGAUCGCAACCCGACAAUCUCGCCAACCAAGGGCCUACCUGUCAGGUCCGCACGUGGUCCUAUCGAAUUCAAGAACGUAUCAUUCAGCUACCCCACCCGGCCAGCAGUCUCCAUUUUCAAGGACCUAAGCUUUAAAAUUGAGCAGGGCACCAACGUGGCUAUUGUCGCACCUAGUGGAGCUGGAAAGUCGACUGUUGCUAGCCUUAUUUUACGCUUCUAUGUUCCAACCUCGGGUGUUAUUACCAUUGAUGGAAGGGAUAUUACUACCCUGAACGCGAAACAACUGAGGAGAAAGAUUGGCUACGUGGGACAAGAACCUGUUCUCUUCUCUGGAACCAUUGCUGAGAAUAUUGCCUAUGGUGUGCCCAAUGCAACCCGUGCUGAGAUUAUUGCAGCGGCUCGAAAGGCCAACUGCCAGUUCAUCAGUGAUUUCCCCGAUGGCCUUGAAACACAUGUCGGCGCCCGAGGCACACAGCUUUCGGGAGGCCAGAAGCAGCGCAUUGCCAUUGCACGGGCUUUGAUCAAGAAGCCUGACAUUUUGAUUCUCGACGAAGCAACAAGUGCCCUGGACGCCGAGUCAGAGACCCUUGUCAACCAGGCGCUGAACAAGCUUCUUCAAGAGAACAACACAACCAUCAGCAUUGCUCAUCGUCUCUCUACUAUCAAGCGUUCCGACCGUAUUAUCUGUAUUGAUUCGGAUGGCAGGGUAGCCGAGGAAGGCACUUAUGAGCAGCUUAGCUCCAACCCUGAGGGUGCAUUCAACAAGCUCAUGGAAUGGCAAAUGAGCGGUGGUGAGGUUCCUACCCGGGACGUCAAGAGUUCAAAGCCAACUGAAGAAGAGGAGAUUGAGCGGGAGCUUGAGGAAGAAAGGGACGAGGUUCUGGCCCGCAAAAAUGAGUAG